CAAGUGAUGGAAAAAACUCCAGGUUUAUUAUGUCUUUCAUGGGAUUCCAGAAUCCAUGAGGUUGCUCAGAGUGGUUUAACACAAGCACAUGAGUUUCUCAGCUGUGUAAAGCAAGAGAAAAGCCUUCAAGAAGUAAGCCUGGUUGCUCAAGAAGCCAUUGGUGAAUUCCGGAAGCUGCUUAUUCUCCUGGAUAGAUCAAACCCAUCAUCAGAUCAAAAGAGGAUCAGAAAGGGUCCUUUGCCUAAAACCCAUGAUGUUAAUCAUGUUGAAUUUAUGGAUAUUAGUCGUGGUUCCUCUCAACCCUUUGUCAUUAGACAGUUUUUCCCUCCAAGUUAUUCCUCUCAUACAAUUAGUACUGUGGUUGUUCCUAAUAAUAAUAAUAAUAAUAAUUCAGUGAUGGGGUUGAGCCAAUUCUCACAACAGCCAACUACUAGCAACUCUUUGAUCAGUAUGCAUGGAAGAAGUAGCACUAACACGCGCGUAAUUCACUAUCCGUCGUCGUCGGAGCAUUUGGCAUCGGAGGUCAGUAAUUCCUCCAUGUUCUCUUCCAACAGCAGGUCGUGUGGGGCUGCGAAAAGCGAAGAUACCGGCACGAGAUGCGUGGCCUCAACCGGUGGAUGCCACUGCUCAAAACGAAGGAAGCUGAGAAUAAGGAGAAGAAUUAGAGUUCCAUCUGUAAGCAAUAAAUCAGCAGAUAUACCUCCUGAUGACUACUCUUGGAGGAAAUAUGGUCAAAAGCCCAUAAAAGGAUCUCCUUAUCCCAGGAGCUAUUACAAGUGCAGCAGUGUGAAAGGAUGCCCUGCAAGGAAGCAUGUAGAGAGGUGUUUGGAUGAUCCAACCAUGUUAGUUGUGACGUAUGAAGGUGAUCACAACCACUCCAAAAUUACAUUCCAGCCACCCACUUUGAUGAUUCAAGCCCAACAUUAGAAACAUAAGCUAGAAAUACCACAAAUAUUUCCCCGGGUGAUAACG